GCUCUAAGUUCGUCUGGAGCUUCUGGGUUCGAUUGGGUUCGGCUGUGCGCCGCGGGGCCCUGCUAAGUUUGGCUGGAACUUGGGGUACCGCUGGGCGUUUCGGAGCGUCUAGCCUGCGCUCUUAGUGGGGUGAAAAGCGGAGUGCCACCUAUCGAUACCGGCCCCCCAAGGUUUCGCAAAGACGCAUGGGAGGGGAACAAACGGAGGUUUAUCAAGAUGGCGGAAGCGGAGGACUCUCCAGGAGAACAGGAGGCAGCGUCAUCUAAGCCCCUGUUUGCAGGGUUAUCCGAUGUGUCAAUUUCACAGGACAUUCCCAUAGAAGGAGAGAUUACUAUCCCCUCGAGAGCUCGUACUCAAGAAUGUGACAGCUCCACACUAAAUGAAUCUGUUCGUCAGACCAUUAUGCGAGAUCUAAAAGCUGUGGGAAGGAAAUUUAUGCACGUUUUAUAUCCAAGGAAAAGUAAUGCCUUGUUAAGAGAUUGGGAUUUGUGGGGCCCAUUGAUACUUUGUGUGACACUUGCAUUGAUGUUACAGAAAAGUCCCAUAGAUGGGGAGAACGAUGGAGGAGGCCCAGAGUUUGCAGAAGUAUUUGUUAUCAUCUGGUUUGGAGCAGUUACCAUCACACUAAAUUCCAAACUUCUUGGUGGAAACAUUUCUUUUUUUCAGAGUCUCUGUGUAUUAGGAUACUGCAUAUUUCCUUUGAACAUUGCAAUGCUGAUCUGCCGCCUGCUACUUUUGGCAGGGCAGGGACCAAUAAACUUCAUGGUUCGGCUUUUUGUGGUGUUGGUGAUGUUCGCUUGGUCCGUGAUAGCAUCAACAGCAUUCCUUGCUGACAGCCAGCCUCCAAACCGAAAAGCCCUGGCAGUGUAUCCUGUCUUUUUAUUCUACUUUGUUAUCAGUUGGAUGAUACUCACAUUCACUCCAUAAAUCCGGAUACACACAUUCAAUACCAAUGAACUGAAGGCUCACCUGAAAGAUAAUAAUUAUCAACAACUUCCCCCACUCUUGUUUAGCUGUUGGGUAUUAAAAGGGAGCCACAUACCACCAUUGUCAUUUAUAUAAGAAACUGAUAUUUGCAAGGCUGUCAUUUCCUCUGUUAUUAUUUUCAAAUACUUGUAUAUACCGUACAUAGUAAGAUGCCUCCUUAAGGCAUGAUGAAGCUAUUUGUGUGACAACCAGUGACUCGAGCAAGUGGAUCCACUCUACAAAUUACAAAGAGUUGGUGACCAUCUUCAGCUUGGAGAAUAUUUGUUCAGGUGCAGCUCUUAAACACAUUGCCUUAUGACUAUUAGAAUAUGCCUCUUUUCAUAAAUAACAGUCUGUAUCCAUUUCUUUUCUCCCCCAAACUCGAAAGGGCAACAAAACAUUAGGUUUGUAGAUGUAGGAAGAGAAAACGUGUUAACUAAUUUUCACAUUUUGAUCAGAGGUAUUGCUAUACUUGGUUUGUCAUUUGUUUUUAAGCAAAUAACAUCUAAAGAAUCAGCUUUUAAAAUAUUUUUGUAUACUUACCGUUCUGUCAUGUGUAACAGUACCUCAGCUAACAUUCUAGUUUUUAAUCUUUAAUACAAUGAUAGCAGUCAAACAUGCAA